UAGAAAUUCCAUUCGACUGACAAACAGAAAGAAAAAAAAAGCGAAAGAAUUCCAUUUGGAAAUAAUGUUUGAUUCGCACACAGGUACAGGUGCGUGCAUAGGUGUGCAUGGUGCGUACACGUUUCCGGUGUCGCGCGUGAACGUAAAAAUUUCACAUCGCUACUCGUCCGUCAUUUGCGGAAGAAGGAGGUGAUGUCUGCCUUUCCGGGUUAAGCUGGGCCGCAUAUCGCAGCGUAUCAUACGAUCAUCAGCCGCGGAGCGCCGAUUCGCACGCGUGCGACGCGACUUUCGAGUAUGUGUUUUAACAUCACGGCGCCGACUCGACUCGAGCGGGGCGAGCGAUAAAGGAGAUCUCGUGUACGUAUAAUAGAACGAGAGGAACGAAACUGCGCGCGCAGGUGGCGCGAUAUCGGUGCGUCAGAGUCGCUGGUCGGUCGGCGGAGUCUCGCCCGGGAGAACACGCGAGGAAAACAGAGAUAGAGAGCGGUGUUACUCACUGGGUGAUCGAGCGUGGCAGAGAGAAGCGAUAGAGAGCGAAAGAAAUCGGCGGAGUCGCAGUGGCGGAUUAAAAGACACGCAGGAGUUUCAACUAAUUUCGAGAUUCCUUAUCACUGAUGUGUAAGUUGGAGCAUUCGCAUUGGAGAUCCGCCCCGAGCGCCGAAAUUGGAGGGCGCUGACGCCUCGGCGCGACAAUCCGCCACUGUCGGAUCGACGCAGCACAGCAGCACUCAGCAGGGUCAGGAAAAGGCGAGGGAAAAGGACGGAGAAUACCUCGCGAUACGCGCACGGAUGACGGAGGUGGCCGCAUACGGGGCGGGCCGGUCGGUCUCAUCACUUUGUAGAGUGUAUUUUUUCUAUAGCCGCAAGUAACCGCGAGGAGGAGAGUGAAAGACAGGCGGGAGCAACGAGGGCGGCGAGUGUUGCGCCGUUAAUGAGAGAGAGAAAGAGAGACGUCGGAUUGACGUGUUUUGAGAAGACCCCGAUGCCGAACGGUGGCUGGACCGCGUGGUCUUGCGAGGAGGCUCCGUCAGUGAUCGCCGCAGUUCCGUCCGAUUGCAGAGGGUAUUGUUAUUGUUAUUGUUGUUGAUCGAUAUUCGUAAGAGGGAAGAGAAGAAGAAAAGAAGAGCGAGAGAGAAGGCCAGCUGGGGUGAAACGAGAGAGGCGGGGAGAAGAAACUGUCGCGGCAGGAAGCACCGCGGAGAGGUUGGCAACGGUGGUGGUGCCCGCUGCCGUUGGGUGGUGGUGGUUCGCCGUGACACAGUGUGGUGGAACGGAGGCGACGAAGGACACGACCGUGAGAAGAAAGAGGGUUGUUAUGGGGCGAGAAUCCCGUGGCGUGUUGCUGCUCGUCGCGCUGGCCGUGCUGGCAGCCGCGGACGCCUUCUCGACCGACAGUAAAGUAGCUUGUCCUUUGAGGCAGUUCCGAUGUGCCAAUGGCAGAUGCAUACCAAUCUCGUGGGUCUGUGACAAAUCGGACGAUUGUACUGACAAUUCCGACGAAAGCCCAGAGGAAUGCAAAAACACCCUGGAAUGCAAGGACACGGAUUUCAAGUGCAGUAACGGCAGAUGCAUACCUAAUAUAUGGCAUUGUGACGGCGACCGAGAUUGCCCAGACGGGACUGACGAGGACUCUGCUGUCUGCAGAUUGAUACCAUGCAACGAAAGGGAGUUUGAAUGCAGUCCAGGCGAGUGCAUUCCGAAGACGUGGCUGUGCGAUCAUCAGACAGAUUGUUCCAACGGUCUGGACGAGAAGGAUUGUUACAGGACCAAGACCUGUACACCGGAACAAUUCACGUGCCAUUCGGGAAAUGGCGAGUGCGUGGCAUUAACAUGGAUGUGCGACGACAACCCUGACUGUUCGGACGGUUCAGACGAGGCUGAGUGCAACGACACUUGCCGGUCCGAUGAGUUUACCUGCGCAAAUAAACACUGUAUCCAGCAACUGUGGGUUUGUGACAACGACAAUGAUUGCGGGGAUAACAGCGAUGAAAAAGGUUGUGGACCGAUAACAUGUCAUCCUGGCACUGAUUUUGCGUGUUCAGAGAAUUAUUGCAUAACGUCGCGAUGGAGAUGCGACGGCGACUACGAUUGUCCGGAUCGAUCCGAUGAGAUGGGAUGCAAGGAUAUUCAGAACGGGAAGAAGAUAAGCCACUGUGAGAACAAGGAGUUCGAUUGCGACGAUGGUGUUACUUGCAUCCAUCAGACUUGGGUAUGUGACGGCGAAAAAGACUGUUCCAAUGGUGCGGAUGAAUCCCCACAGAGAUGCCACAAUGUAACUUGCAGACCCGAUCAAUUUCAAUGCGAAGAUCGACGUUCGUGCAUCUCAGGUCAUCUAUAUUGCAACGGUAAAGCCGAAUGCUCCGAUGGAAGCGACGAGAAGAAUUGUACAAGCAAAAUCGUAAGCUGCGAUCCGCGAAUUCAGUUCGAGUGCAGCGAGGGCUCGUGUAUUCCUCUGGAAAACGUCUGCAACAAAAAUCCAGAUUGCAUCGGCUGGGAGGAUGAGAGUGCCGAACUCUGCGGCGUGAAUGAGUGUGCAAAAAAUAACGGUGGAUGUUCGCAGAUCUGUGUCGAUUUGCCUAUUGGUUACCGAUGUGACUGUCGCACAGGUUAUAGACUAAUCGACAACCGCACGUGCGAUGAUAUUGAUGAAUGCUUGGAACCGGGUAGUUGUUCUCAGUUUUGUCAUAAUGAAAAAGGCGGUUUCAAAUGCAGCUGCGCUACCGGUUAUCUUAAAGAUCCGCGAAAUUUAACACGCUGUAAAGCCGCGGAGGGUCACGCAAGUUUGUUAUUUGCUCGUCGACAUGAUAUUCGAAAAGUAGCUCUGGACCGUCAAGAGAUGACUGCGAUCGUUAACAAUACUAAAAUGGCAACAGCUUUGGACUUUGUCUUUCGCACUGGAAUGAUUUUUUGGAGCGACAUCAGUGAAAAGAAAAUUUACAAAGCUCCAAUAGAUGAAGGAAAUGAACGUACAGUCGUUAUCGAAAACGAUUUUACCACAUCAGAUGGAUUGGCAGUUGACUGGAUUUACAGUCACAUUUAUUGGACAGACUCUGGAAAAGAUACUAUCGAAUUGGCCAAUUUCGAAGGAAAUAUGAGAAAAACUCUUAUACGAGAUCGCAUUCAGGAACCUAGAGCAAUAGCACUGAAUCCAUUAGAAGGUUGGAUGUUUUGGACAGACUGGAGCGACGAGGCUCGUAUUGAACGAGCUGGCAUGGAUGGUACUCAUCGAUCGGUGAUUGUCGGCAAUGAUGUCAAGUGGCCUAAUGGGUUAGCUUUAGAUUUGAUUGGCAAGAGAGUAUAUUGGGUAGACGCAAAAUUGAACAUUAUAGGUUCCUGUAAUUACGACGGUACCGGCAGACGAACAGUACUAUAUUCUCCCGAAAGUCUUAGGCAUCCCUUCAGUAUAACAACCUUCGAGGAUUAUGUAUACUGGACCGAUUGGGAUAAAGAAACGAUUUUUAAAGCUAACAAAUUCACCGGCAAGGAAGUAGAAGCUGUUACGUCAAUCAGAACGCUUCAACAUCCGAUGGUAGUCCAUGUAUAUCAUCCUUACAGACAGCCUGAUGGAAUGAAUCAAUGUCAAGCUGUCAAUGGACAUUGCAGUCAUCUGUGUUUGCCCGCACCUAAAAUCAACUCUAGAUCACCACUAUUAUCGUGCGCCUGUCCGGACGGUUUACGGUUAUUACCUGAUGGAUUGAUGUGCGUGGAAAAUGUUACUACGACCAUAGCGCCGUCCACGCAAGCACCCAUGAUGCCGUUCCAGAGGCUCAAACCUCUGAAUGUUACAACUACCAAUCCAUUAUCAUCAGGAGACGCAGAAGGAAAAGGAAAUUCAGUAGCUGAAUCAACAGAUCCUGGUUUAGUCGCCGGCAUCGUGAUAGGUGUAGUGUCUUUAGGACUGUUAUUACUCGCACUUGUUGCAGUGCUGUGCUACAGGCAUUAUCUUCAUCGUAAUGUUACUAGUAUGAACUUCGAUAAUCCCGUCUAUAGGAAAACUACAGAAGAUCAGUUUAGUCUUGAGAAAAACAGAUUCCCACUCCCUGCAGCUACAGUUGGAGAAGAGGCUCAAGAACCAUUAACAAGUCCUGGAACAAAUGAUUACGUUUAAGACUCAGUCUGUCAAUAUAAAAGAUUCAACAGGCUACAGAAGUACUAUAUCGACCAAGUGAUAAAAUCAUGUAAAGAAAGACAAGGUAUUUGCGUUGAAAGAGCCUGUCCAAACGCAUUAUGCCUGCGCUCGCUCGCAAGCCUGCCAACCAACUGUGAUUAUGUUAAUUUUUUUUGUAUCUCUAUUUCUUUACAAACUUUAGCACUUUGUCACUCAAAUAUAUGUAUAUUAUGCGUGCAACAUUUAGAUUUGCUCUAGGACGUAAAGGGAGAAAUAUCUAGAAAAACUGUUGCCAAAUAAGCGAUUUAUCUUCAUGUAGCCAAAUAGUUUAAUAACAACUUAACCCUUAAAUCGCCUUUUCGGUAUGGCAUACCCAGCAUUUCUUUAUCCAAUGUUUUUUUUUAAUGCUUCUUCCAUUGCUUAUAACUUUUUUAUUAAUAAAGAUAUAUUUGCUUGAUAUUAUUAUGUUGAUUGAAAAAAAUUGUUUAUUUUUAUGAAAGUUAUAAGCAAUCGAAUUGGGCAUGCCAUAUCCAAGUGCAUUGUUCCCGUAAUGUGACGUUUAAGAGUUGAGAUUCCUAUUUAACAUUUUCCCUAUUUAGUUAAAUAACAUAUAAUUUGUAAUAAAAAACUUUUUAGAUCAAUUUAGCAUGGCCUGGCGCACGUAGCGUAUGAUUUUACAUGCGCUAUGUAUAUGUAAGAAAAUCAAUUUGUUUAAUUAUUUAUUUAGAAAUAUGCACAAUGGACGUUUUUUAAAUAGAAUUUUUAGGUACUCAAGAUAUUACUUUUUUGAGUAAUAUCUCAUAGAAGUCAUAUGUAAAUAAUGCGAAAAAUCUGAAUCAUAUAUUAUUAAAAUUAUUUAAAAAUUACAUGAUGUUAAAAUGCAAUAUGAAAGUUGUAAUGAUUAAAUAUAUGCUGUGAAACAAACUAUCACUCAACUACAGUGGAAUAA